AUGGGAGGAGUAGAGACUCGAGAAUUCCCUGCUUUUGGUGAUGAACGAAGAGAUGAAGAAUCUAGAGAAACUAUCGAAGAAGCUUCGGUAGGAGCUACUGAAGAGGCUUCAAUAGUAAAAACAAACAAACUUCCCGCUCAUAUCAUGUCAAGCUACGUUGACGGACCAGAAAGUACUGAUUCUGAAUUUGACGAUGUGUUUGAUGCGUAUUUUGAUGAAUACUCGACAAGAAAUUCGGAGCUACUGAAAAUGAUUGAUGACUUGGAGACGAAACUAGGAUGUCAGAGGGUUGAGAACAGGGAGUUGAGCGUGGCUUUGGGUAUGCAGCAAAACUGCUCCAACCGGCUGCACGAACAACUCCGGGUUCAGCAGAGGCAGCAUGAAAACGCUAAGGCACACCAUAAGGCGGUGCUGGCGCGUUACGAUAGGAGAGUGGACGCACAGGAAGCGUCAAUUGCAAAGAAAAUUGAUGAAGUGGAAAGAUUGGUGCUGGAUCUUUAUAAGGCCAGGCGCAAUCUUCCAAUCAAACGAGGCUAUAAUGAACAGCCACAUAAUGUGGUCCUUCAUGACAUGGAAGAGGACGUCAUGAUGGCAAGCCUCUCUAGGAGAAGUGUUAAUAGCUCGUACAUUGAUGUACAAGGAGAUGGGCGAGCUACGCUCACUUUGUUGUUGUCCGAUGACACGCAUAUAAGCGGUGUCAUGGGGACAUCGGAUGGCCGACCCUUCAGUUUCAUUCGAGACUGCGAGGACAAUGUGUGGAAGGGCGAUCAUGAGGGCCUUUCCAUCGGAUUUGGUCAUCUAACGAUAACGAACACCUGCGGAAGAAUUCCACUGCUGGCUCGGUUCUCGGUCAUGCUGGAAAGGAGUCUAGAUAGGACUCGAAGUAUCCGCUUCAUCAACUUUGAUGAUACGGAAAGGAUUACAACGAUAAUGCAAGAAGGUCGGAGGGUAUUUAUGCAAAAUUAA